ACGGCCACUUCUCAGAUGUCUCGGAUGCUUUUUUGUGAAGUACCUUCGAAGCUACUUUGAAGCGGAACCGGUGGAACCAACGGUAACAACGGGGCAUGGACGGACUGAGUCGGAUUGGGGCAAAAAGAGGGUAAGCUUAAGCCAACGUUUUGCUUAAGCGUCAGAAAAUAUUUGCAAAAGGAAAGGCGAUCAAUAGGGAAGUAAAAACGGUACGACUGCACCGUUGCGCUCAAGUAGAUGCCUGAAUUUCCGUCACGCCUAGAAAAUGACAAGCUCUGCAUCCAGUGCUCGUAGCCUCUUCGUGGAGUCGAAGGAGCGCCUGUGUGAUCGCAUACAAGUGAAUGUGAACAGCGUUGGGUCGUUAGCGAGGCAGGUAGUCAAAGGAUCAAAAAGUAGCGAGACACUGAUGCAUACUGCCAGGAAUUUCGCAUUACAAGAGCACGCUUUGCACAACUCCGAAGUGAACCUGUGCAAAAUGCAGAACCUCGUCACCACCUUGCAACUUCAGGCAGAUGCAAUACAGAAAUGCGCCCAGCAUGUGGAAGUUGUUAAGGAACAGCUUCACCGGAUGCAGUGUUGAUGUAAACUACAGAGCCAGAAAAAUAAAAGUUCCAGAUUUUAUUCACAUCCUCGUGAAAAA